AUGUCUCAGCCAGAUCCCAAGCGUGUCAAAACUGAUGACGAAGCUCCCUAUGAGCUCAUCUACUGGCCAGUCAUCCCCGGUCGCGGCGAAUUUGUCCGCCUUGUGUUCGAAGAAGCUGGUGUUCCCUACUCAGACGUUGCACAGAACAUAGAGAAGGGCAUGAACGCUGUCAAGAGUCUCACUUCUACAGACAACAUCGGCGAUGAGCAUAACCCGCCUGCUCUAGCUCCCCCAGCUCUCAAGCACGGCGAUCUUCUCAUUUCACAGACGCCUAAUAUUCUUCUAUAUGUCGCUCCAAGGGUUGGUCUGGCGCCCAAAGAAGGAAACGGCGUGUACCAUCUCAAUGAGAUUGUUUUGACAAUCCUGGAUGGUCUUGUAAAUGAACUCCAUGAUACUCAUCACCCUAUCGCUAUUAGUCUCUACUAUGAGGACCAAAAGGAGGAGUCCAAGAAGAAGUCUGAAUAUUUCAUCAAGGAGCGCCUCCCCAAGUAUUUCAAGUACAUGCAGCGAGUGCUUGACGCCAAAACCAGUGGUGAGGGGCCAUGGUUAUAUGGCGACAGCUUGACCUAUGCAGACCUCGUACUUUUCCAGGCUGUUGAUGGCACCAAGUUUGCCUUUCCCAAGUCUACUGAGGCUUUGAAGAAGUCUGGUGAAUACGAUGGCGUUUUCAAGUUAUACGACGCGGUCAAGGAGAGGCCCAACAUUAGCAAAUAUCUUCAAAGUGACAGGCGCAGGAAGUACUCCGAGGGGAUCUGGCGAUAUUAUCCUGAGUUGGAAGAGGAAUAG